CAUCUUCUGCUCUAUUUAUUAUCUUUGCCACUACUCCACACUAGGCCUAGCUGCCUAUUGCCGAGCUAAAUAACAGGUAGAAAGAAAAACCUGAAGCAGCUGAGGUUAAUUCGUCUUUUGGCCAUGAUUUGCCUGCUCUACCUAGCCUACAUCAUCUUUAUUCUUUGAUAAUUUAUGCCCUGGGAUCGCAUAGUCAGAUAAAUCAAGAUGGCUACCAGCAGAUCGUCAGUUUUCACUUGCCUUGUAUCUGAGCAUAAUUACCAGCAUUCUGCUACAAAUGGAGAAGAUGAUGUGUCGAUGCCAGGGGAAAGUGACCAGCAUUUAGCCACGGAAGCAGGAAUUUCACUGGUGAAAAGUGACCAACAGAAACUGAAGAAGUGUGUCAGGAAGUCAGACUGGGCUAUUACACACCCAAUUCGACGAUGUCUUUGGAAGGAUCUGUGUCUUCGGAAUAAACAAAUGGGACCAUCUGUUUACGAUGACUUAGCAAAUAGUGGAGCAGAAGCAGAAGAAGAAUUUGUUGAGACUCUAUCUUUACCACAGUUUGUUGAUGAAAGUCAUGUACUCUACUACAAACUCAACAUGCAAGGGCAGCAGACUUUACACAAAAUGAUGUUGGUCAUUGAAAAUGCACAUCCAGAAAUAACCUACUGCCCCCUACUCUUGCCAAUUGCGAGUGCCCUACUGCACUAUGUUGAGGAAGAUGUUUGUUUUGACUGUCUGGAGGCUCUAUUACAAGAACAAACUUUCAAAUAUUUACAUCAGACACGUGUGGAAUACGAGGCUUUUCUAAUGAACUUUAUCAAAAUCUGUGCCAAGUUCAUAGUUCGUAUUAUUGAUUGUUUUGUUGUGGAAGGGCUCAAAGUUCUUUACAGAGUAGGUCUGGCUAUAGCAGAUUCCUACAAGAAGAGUAAAGGUACAAAGAGAGAUGACAAUCUUUUGUCUUUCAUUAAAGAAUAUGCAAAGAACAUUCCAGAAUCUCCUAAUAAACUACUGAAGAUUGCAUUCCAAUUCCGAGGAUUUUCACGGGCCACAAUAAGAUCAUUUCAAACUAAGAACCAGGGUAAAGUUCGCAACACCAUGGCUGACAAACAUCAUCAUCAAAAUCUUAGCCGCAACAUUACUACAGUCACUGAACUUCACUCUGCAAUUAUUAAUCAAACUCAACUGCAAGUUUUGUGGCGGUGGUUACCGAAUCGCAUUGCUCUAUUGACGCCAAAGCUUGUUUUUAGUACAAGUGAACAUGGCUACAGUUUAAUGUCACUGUUUAAUCAAUGCGAGGACAAGGAACCUUUGCUAUUACUAGUGAAGACAAUAAAGAGAGAGGUGUUCGGUGCAUACCUAUCCACUAACCUUGAAGAAAGAAACAACAAGGAAAGGAAACUUGCAUUUUUUGGAACUGGAGAAUGUUUCCUUUUCUCUCUAGUGCCAGAGCAAGAAAAGUAUGGGUGGGUUGGUCUAGAUCAUGAUGAAGCCCUAGAUGCCUCUAACCAGAUGUUUAUUCGUGCUGCCGGCAAUUUACUGGUCAUUGGAGGAGGGGAUGGUGAUGGACUUCAUCUCAAGAAUGACCUUGAUAAUGGUUGGACUUCCUAUUGUGACACCUUUAGCAACCCACCUCUAGCAUCUGGUGGUCAGUUCCAGUGUGCUCAUGUUGAGGUUGUGUCAUUCAUCACGGAUGAGUGAACCGGGUAAAUUAAAUUAUUUUCAGAGUAAUCUGAUGGUUCAUUUUAAUUCAUGCCUUGAUAAACACAUCUACUUUGAUGAAUGGACACCCCCUUCAAAUAAUGGGACCGCCUGUCAAAGCUGCUACUCAAUCUGUAACAACUGAUGGUUACAGUGGAUUUUACAUGCGUGCUUAAUAUUCUUAUAUUAUCUAAAGGUAUUUAUGAUACUGUAUGAAUACUAUCUUAUAAAUUUUUUAUUUCUAUAUACCCUCAAUUUUCAUGGAUUCUUUAAAUCUUUGUUAAACAUAAUUGUUAAAGUAAUGUUCAUUGAUUGCAUUCCAAUUUAUAUUUGAUCUCAAACACAUAAUUUUGAAUUGUUUUUCCCUCCAUAAACUAUCUGCAUUUAAUUUCUUCAAUAUAUUUCAUUUGUUUAAUACCCAUUAUUAGUUUUUUUGGGUUUCUAAUAAUCUAUAAACUUUGAUCAUAGAAAUUUUAUUGUAAUGUAAUGUAAAACUCUAAGUAUUUAGUAUUGCACCUUUUUCCAUGGAUACAAUGCACUAUAUCCAAAAGAAACAACUUAUAUAAAUUUUAUUGUAACAAAAUUGAUCUUAAGAUUUUACACCAAACCAGUUAAAACUUGCACACGUAUUUGUUGUGUUGUAGAGUAACUUCAUUUUUGAACUUGGGUAAAGUAUUUUCUAUAGAAAUAAUUGGUGUCAUUGGUAGGUGUUUUUCUGAAUCUUAUGCAGACCUACUUGGGUUAAAUCUUUUGCUUAAAGUAUUUAAUAUUCUGUAUCAAUUGUUGAUGUUUGUCCGAAAUCUUGUGCAAGCCUACUUGGCUUGGGUGAAUUCUUUUGCUUACAGCAUUUAAUAUUUGGUAUCACUUGUUGAUGUCUGUCUCAAUGUAAGCAGGCCUACUUGGGUUAAAUCUUUUGUUUACUGUAUUUAAUAUUUGGUAUCACUUGAUGUUUGUCUCAAUCUUAUGCAGGCAUACUUGAGUUUAAUUUUUUGCUUAUUUAAUAUUUGGUAUCACCUGUUGAUGUUUGCCUCAAUCUUAUGCAGGCCUACUUGGCCAUGGGUGAAAUCCUUUGCAUACAGUAUUAAAUAUAAUCUUUAAUGGUGGUUUCCUGCUGCAUGCUAUCUAGGCCUCCUGGACUACCUGUUAAAUAUGUUACCUAUAGUUCUAUUGAUGUGGUAAAUUUUCCUGCUCAACUAUACAAAUGUAAGAUUGUAAUUAAACUGUUCACUAAAUCAAUAAGUGUUAAGAUGUUGCUAUAAUAAUCAUUAUUAAUACUACAUAUUAUCCAUAAGCAUUUAUAAAAUGUGUAGAUAACCUCAGCUAAACCUUAAAGUCUUCCUGUUUGAUCUACCAAUAAUUAUUAAGAAAUAUUAUUAUUUUAUACAAUAAACACAUAUAGUUUAUCAAUUAGUUUAAGUUGUAUUGCAUGUACUGUAAUCUCAUUUUUAUUUCUACUUAGUUAAGUUAUAUCAAAAUUGGCUGGUGGCUACCAGUUUGAUAAAAUGGGUGCAAAUGCAAUUCCCUUCACAUUAAGACAGUCAAGCAUUAAUACUCAAAAUAAAAUCUGAGGCCAUUGGCCAGCAUGGCCCGACAUAUUGAUGAUGAUGAUAUCUGAAAGAUUAGAAGGGAAUCUUAAAUCUUCACAUUUUAACCAGCAAUGUGUCGUUUUGCCAGUUUUUUGGCAUUGUACAGUUGUUGCCACAGUGAAAACAUCAAAGCUGGGACCUAACCAGCUCUUUCCUCGUGCCCUUCUAGGAUUCUAGUAUAUGCCAUUUGUUCCAUUUUUCCUCAACCUCUGCAACCCAGCACCCCUAUUGCAAUUCUUGGAUAUGGCCCUGGAGAGAACGAAUAUCUUCAUAUUUUUCAUAUAGCAUCAUUUUGUAUGUGUGAAAAUUGUUAUCUCGAGUUAAGUCUGAGGUACUAGGUUUAAAAUCUUACACAUUUCAGUGUUUUUUUUAAACUGAAAUUUAGAGAGCAACUAGCCACUCGGCUGUGGUAGCCACUGUGUAUGUGCGCUGCACCAUGGAGCUCUCUUGGACCCCAGUUCAAUUCCCAUCGCUUCUCUCCAUGUGUUUCAACUGGAGGGCUGAAAUGUAAGUUCAUACCCACCAUCUUUCGGAUGAGACAUUUAAACCAUUAGUCAUGUAUGCAAUAUGGCCCAUGUGAACGUUAAGUUACGCAGUACAAGAGUAAAAGAGUAUGGGGUUGUAUCCUGGUGUACUGAACAAUUACCACCAGAAGCACCCCAUUGAAAUUGAGUCUACUUUGGACUUCUGUAGGUUAUCCUUGUUGUUUACACCAAAUAAAUCUAAUCCGAUCCAAUCCAAGCCCAAAACCUCAAUAUAUAAUUUUAUAGAGCAUUACAAUAAUUAAAAAAAUUACUUACAGCUGUACAAAAAAACCCAAAAGAAAACACAUUUUCACUACCGUCUUAAUAUGGGGCUGUUGUUAAAAUAUUGUCUAUGCACAAUAAUAAGGCCAACCAACACAAAAUUCUUGUGUUGGCGAUGUUUUGGGAAAAUCCAAAAAAUGGGUAGGUCAGUAAGACACAAAAAUACAACAAAGACCAUUUUUAAAUCUAUAUUGAAGAGCAAAACAAUCACAAAGCACUGUUGCAUUGCCUACCGUCCAGCAAGAUAGGCUUAUUCCAGCCUUUUUAGCUCAUUAAAAAAAAAUGUUUUUUGUUGUAGUCUAAAAAUAAAUAAAAUAUAAUGCCGAACCUCAAUUUCAUACAUUUUGGGUCGGUCGGGCGUGGCUAACACAAUAAUUUUUUUUGGCCUAAUUAUUGUCGUCUAUUUGUUAUUGUUCUUGCAAAAUGUUAAAAUAAUUAGUGCGAAUGCAAGUUAAUAGCACACUCUCUUUCGGUUGCGGCAUUUAAGCCAUUAGUCCUGUAUUGGCCCAUGUGUAUGUUAAGUGUACAUAGUACACUCUUUGGAAAAAAGUAUGGGAUUGUAACCUGGUGUCUGUUAUUGUUUUUGCAAAAUGUUAAUAUGAUUUGUGCAAAUAAUUCAUACAGUAAUAAUAACUGACCAGUGGCUACAGAUCUGUCUUCUAUGCAAUAUUGGAUAGAAUAUAAUUAAUUGAAGUUUGUUCUUUACAUCUCACUGAUGUGGAAUUGGUCUGUGUUCCAAAAUGUUUUAACACCAGUGUACUGUACAACAUUGUAAUUUUCCAGUAGUAUUUAGCAAAUAAAUUUUGAAUGUUUCUGCUGAAGUAAUAAUGCAAAAUAUCACCAUUAUAUUGUUAUAAUAUAGAUUUAUAUAUUUCCAAAUGAUUUAAAUAUUAUAUAUUCAUAUUACAUUUUUUUUUUAACUCUAUAUUUCUAUCUAGUUUUUAUCUUUGGAUUUAUUAUGUUAUUUUAGUUUAUCUGAAUUUUGAAUGUUUCUGCAGAAGUAAUAUUAAUAAUGCAAAAUAUCACCAUUAUAUUGUUAUAAUAUAGAUUUAUAUAUUUCCAAUUGAUUUAAAUAUUAUAUAUUCGUAUUACAUAUUUUUUUUUAAAACACUCUUUUGGUAAGGUAGUGCAUCAUGACAAAAUGGGUUGUUGUACUCCGGGUCAAUUUGAUAUAUUCAAGAAAAUGGUUAUAAAGAAUGUUUAUGUUUAUGAUUUGAAUCAAUCUGAACUGAUUUACAUUGAUUAAAAUUGCUUUUGAUGCACAUUUUGUAAUUCUAUUUUAUAGAAUUGAUAGGAAAACUAACAAGAAAUUUAUCAGUUUUGUAUUUAUAAGGCGAUGUACUCGAAAGUUUGUUUCAGAAUUUAAAAUGAUCUUACUCCAGUUAUACACAAUCUAGGAACUUGAUUCAAAGACAAAAAUAAAGCUUAUGUCAUCUAUAUAAAUAUAACAAGAAAUCAUUUUUGCAAGUUUGGUACAAUGACUCAUUUUGUGAUGACACCUUACUUUUUAAAUUUGUUUUAUGAUGUACUAUAUUGGACAUUUUGUGCUAGUCUCUGAAGGAAAAAAAAUGUUUUCUGUGAGGUUACCCAUUAAAGAUAUAGCAAUAAUGAUAUAGUAGUAGGCAUAGUGGUUAUGAUUCUGCCUCACUGUAAGAUUGCCUGUGUUUAAGUAAUCCAGUUAACCUAUAUGUGCCUCUCCUCAAACAAGACAAUAACAGGGUAUCUAGAUUUGAGUGUUCUAUGUUGAAUAUACAGUAUAUGCCAAUGGGAUCAGUGACCGGAAAGGUUUGCACAACAGUGGCAGCUCCAGAAAUUCGCUGACGGGAAGGGUGGCCUAACAAGUCUAACUGGGACUCCAAACCAAAUAUUACCUAAUCUGAUCCAAUCCAAUCAUGGUCUUGGACUGACACCAUGGGUGGUUUCCAGGGCAAGAGAUUUUACUGUUUAUGAUGGUAAAGAUUGUUCUUUUGGACCACAAUAAUAAGAACUACAAUCAUUCAAUAUUGUUACUGUAUUGUAACAGUGAAAUUCAGUUGGCUCAUGCAUUGUGGAAAAUAAGGACAGAUUGUGAACCAUUCUUAUUGUAAUUAUACCGGUGUACUGGUCUAUACAACCUCUGUUGUGGACAGACGAGAGUAGCAGGUACCAGUUUACAGGGUAGCUUAGACAUGAAGAGACUCUUAGGGAAGAGGAAAGUUACUGUACGAGCUAGCCCACAGCGCUGUGAGACUCUGGUAUAAAGCACUAUACAAAUCGAAAUACAUUACAUUAUUAUAAUCACAAUAACUGGUUGGAUUGGCCAUUUAACCAUUUAGCCAACAGUGUGGGGGCGUCUGUGUAUUAUGACUGAUAGGUGUGGGGGGGGGGAAACAUCUUGCUGGUACCGUCACUGUUUGUAUGUCUGAUUCUGUAUCCAGGGUAGUGCAAAAUUAGCAGCAUGACUGAUACUCCCCACUGACGGGAGAAGGUUGCACACUGUUAUGAACACAGUAAUACUGUAAAGCACUAAACAUUUGCCUAGUACAAUUCCUUGUGAUUAAAUAUCAAUACUAACAAUAA